AUUGCAACAACCGGGGUAAUUGUAACAUUUCACUUUUAUAAAAUCAAAUCUGUUUCGAUUAGGCCUACGUAGGCUACUUUGUUCACCCAACAUUCAACCAGUCAGAGCGCUUUAGCCAACUACGCAUUCCGUGAUUACUUUCACAUUCGGUUAUGGCUUGUCUGACAGUGCACCUUGAAGGCUAGGCUAUAGGCUUCUCUGCCUAUAACUGGACAAAACUUCAAAAUCAUAAAUCGUUCAUCAUCUACCGUAGUGAUCAGAUAAUAUGGCCAAUAACCAGAGAAAUCGAAGUGAUGGGGUAAGCGAAAGUUUGAAAUGGUCAGACUCCGGUGGAAGCCAGAAGGAUGAUGGGCGAGGCCCAGAGCAGCACAGAAGUGGGACGCCCCAAGACCCCAAGAGAGACCUAAUGGAGUUCACCACCAGCACCAGCUUUGUCAACCCGACUCCUUCAACAGUGGCCCACAGCGCAGCUGCCUAUAGUUCUGAUUCUGAUUCUGAUUCUGGUUCCAGGAGGGGGUCCGGAGAUGGAACAGGAGCAGAGAUGGCCAAUAACGUGAGAAAUCGAACUGAUGGGGUAAGCGCCAGUUUGAACUGGUCAGACUCCGGUGGACGCCAGAAGGAUAAUGGGCGAGGCCCAGAGCAGCACAGAAGUUGGACCCCACACAAGAUGGCCAAAAACGUGAGAAAUCGAACUGAUGAGAUGAGCAAAAUUUUGAACUGGUCAGACUCCGAUGGAAGCCAGAAGGAUGAUGGGCGAGGCCCAGAGCAGCACAGAAGUGGGACGCCCCAAGACCCCAAGAGAGACCUAAUGGACUUCACCACCAGCACCAGCUUUGUCCACCCGACUCCUUCAAUAGUGGGCCACAGCGCAGCUGCCUAUAGUUCUGAUUCUGAUUCUGAUUCUGGUUCCAGGAGGGGGUCCGGAGAUGGAACAGGAGCAGAGAUGGCCAAUAACGUGAGAAAUCGAACUGAUGGGGUAAGCGCCAGUUUGAACUGGUCAGACUCCGGUGGGCGCCAGAAGGAUAAUGGGCGAGGCCCAGAGCAGCACAGAAGUUGGACGCGCCAAGACCCCAAGAGAGACCUAAUGGACUUCACCACCAGCACCAGCUUUGUCCACCCGACUUCUUCAACAGUGGCCCACAGCGCAGCUGCCUAUAGUUCUGAUUCUGAUUCUGAUUCUGGUUCCAGGAGGGGGUCCGGAGAUGGAACAGGAGCAGAGAUGGCCAAUAACGUGAGAAAUCGAAGUGAUGCGGUUAGCGCCAGUUUGAACUGGUCAGACUCCGGUGGACGCCAGAAGGAUGAUGGGCGAGGCCCAGAGCAGCACAGAAGUUGGACGCGCCAAGACCCCAAGAGAGACCUAAUGGACUUCACCACCAUCACCAGCUUUGUCCACCCGACUCCUUCAACAGUGGCCCACAGCGCAGCUGCCUAUAGUUCUGAUUCUGAUUCUGGUUCUGGUUCCAGGAGGGGGUCCAGAGAUGGAACAGGAGCAGAGGUAGGGACUCCAGGAGGUAAAACGGUCAAAGAACAGCAAGUGGGCUCAGGUUCUACUUCUGGAACCAGAAACACACCCAAACCAGUUAGCGCCUCUGGUUCCGACGACAGGGGUAGAUUUGAUGAAGGGCCUUCAAGAACAAGGGAAGACAGCAUGCAGUAUGAGCACUCAGGUGCUGCUUCUGGAACCAGAAACACACCCAAACCAGUUAGCGCCUCUAGUUACAACGACAGGGGUAGAUUUGAUGAAGGGGCUUCAAGAAGAAGUGAAGACAACAUGCAGUGUGAGCACUCAGGUGCUGCUUCCUUGACCACCAGGGAGGCACCCCGAUGGAACGCCAGGAUGGCUUGGGACUGCAACUUAGUCCUGGCCCCGCUGUUCUACAGUGCAGAUGACACCGUACUGAUUGAUGUGAAUGUGUUCACUCAGGACAGACAACUGAAAGCCAUACAUGGAAAGCCACUGUGGGAUGCCUUCCAUGUGAAAAUGCCACAUGCCGAUGAAAGUAUCUUCAUGACCAAGGGGGGCGAGAAAGAGCCGCGUUGGAAUGCCAUCUCCAAACAACUGCAGAAGCUUCGAUCAAGCUCAGGGACUGUGGCUAAGAUUGAGAAAGCCAUUAAGAAGUAUAACCCUCAGUACAGCUCCUGGUCCUUUGUAGGACUUCAGCAAUAUGAAAAGGAAAUUCCAAAAGAAGAGAAAGAGAUAUUUGCUAAGGUCAUUCCCAAAAUAGCAGACUUGGCUUUGAAACUGACAGACUAUGUUCCACGGGGCCUUCCUCUGCUUCAGCAGGGCAAGAGCCGUUCCAUCACUCUCUCCCAGGUCCAGAUCGCCGCCCUGUUGGCCAAUGCUUUUUUCUGCACCUUCCCCCACCGCAACACCAGUGCUAAGAACGCGGAAUAUAGCAACUACCCCACCAUCAACUUCAGCAGCUUAUUUGGCAAUUCUUCUCACCCCACGAUUGAGAAACUGAGAGCCAUUGUGCAUUAUUUCAACACUGUCACCAGUGAAAGCUCUCGGCCACAGGGGCUGGUUACCUUUGAGAGAUGUUGCAUCCCAGAUCAACAACUUCCCCAUUGGAGAAAGAAGACUGAACACCUGGGAAAUGUCCGUGUCACUUCUGAGGGAACCAUUGAAAAUGAAGGCAAAGGGAUGUUGCAGGUGGAUUUUGCCUGCAAUAUGGUGGGGGGAGGCGUGCUGGGCUCUGGGCUGGUCCAGGAGGAGAUCCUCUUCCUCAUCAACCCGGAGCUGAUUGUGUCCAGACUCUUCACAGAGAAGCUCAGCGAUAACGAGUGCCUCAAGAUUACAGGAGCCCAGCAGUACAGCGAAUACACAGGCUACAGUAGAAGCUUUGAGUGGAGUGGACCCCAUGUUGACAAAUUGUCAAGAGAUGACUGGAGGAGGCUUCAUCGUAAGAUAGUCGCCAUAGACGCUCUGAACUUUAAACAUUCGAUGGAGCAGUAUACGUUGAAAAAGAUAAAGCGUGAGCUGAACAAGGCUUUUGUUGGGUUCUGGGAGGAAGGCCGUUUUGCUAAUGACAUACCAACUGUUGCCACAGGGAACUGGGGUUGUGGGGCCUUCAAUGGAGAUCCCAUCCUCAAAGGUCUCAUUCAGAUGAUGGCUGCCGCUGUGGCGCAGAGAGACAUGGUAUACUUCUCUUUCAGAGACAAAGACCUGGAAAGGAAACUGCGGAAUAUGCACGCACUUCUUAAAGAGCGCGAAUCCACCGUUGGAGACUUAUACACCAUGCUGGACAACUACUGCAAAUUAAGCAGACCACAAGACCUUUAUCACUUCAUACAGACUUACAAGAACAACAGAAGUUCACUCUGAAUGGGCAGCCAAACUGCAGAGCCUGAUGCCUAAUGCACAAAGCCAUAUACUGCACUACUUAAACAAUAAAUUAUUAUGUGCCAAA